AUUUGGUGUGAAGGAAUCUUCUGUUGGUUUUACGUCCAAACGAGCUGACGGCGAGUAACGGGGCGGCGCUGCUGAUGAAGACACACAGAGACCCGGGUGAAUGAAUGACAGAUGCGCGUUUUAGGAUAUGAAAUCAUCUUCUGCGGACAUACUAUUUCCUACAUCAUGUGAUAUAGGCUAGUGUAGCCUAAUCUAGUUUACUAGCUUCGUUAUCAUUCACAACGUAGGCUAAUUACCGAAGAAAACAGGAAACGAUUACGCGAUUCGCAUCUGUACAUCCAAUACUAUACACAUCAGCACAGCGACAUCACACACACUGCUACAGUCGCAUCUGUGGGCUGCUCCAGCUGUGUGGAGAAAACAUGGACAGCUUUGAGGAUUUCUGCGCACGCAUUCUGUCUGAACUGCAGUCGGAAAUGAUGCAUGAGAAGAGAUGCAGUACCGCACCUGCUCGAGGGGUGGCGCAGUCGCUCAUCUGCAUCCAUGGCAGGCCGGUUUUGUCUCCUGUUCUAAGUGAGAAACAAAGAAGGGAGAUGGUUGAAUACAAGAAAAGAGCUUCACAAAUGGAGGCUGAGAGACAGAUUCAUUACAACAAAAACCUCCUCAAUCAGAUUCAGACCAUUCUUUGGACCAAUAAGGCUCCAAAAAUAUUGGACGUGCCAAAGCCUUCAGAGCAGUGCCUGUCUCCAUCUCCAAAAACAGACUACAUGAAUGGUUUCACAGUACCUGAUACUGCAAACUUUACUACUGGGGCCACAGAGCCGUACAUUUUGAGUAAUAAGCAACCGGUGACCCCUUCAGCUGAGCUGCCUGGGGUUAUGAGAAGAAAAUCUGCAGAAGAAAAACAAAUGCAAGAGGAAAUUCAAAUGAAAGGAGUUUGUCUGCAGAACCUACUGAAGAAAUCACGUGAAUUUAUUGAAAAAGAGCAAGGUAAACAGGGGUCAAAGGUCAUCAGCAACACAACGGCUGAUCCAAGCAGGAUCCUCUCUGAAAGCCCGUCAGAUAAAGAAUACGGCUGUUCUUUGGAUGGGACUGCCUUUGGUUUACCCUUUUAUAUUUCUUCACCAAACCAAACCUCUCCCAGUAACCUGAUAAGCCCAGAACCUGGUCUAAAUGCUGGUUUAAUUGCCAGACCCCAUCGCGGAUGUCCUCGUCCCAUUUCUGCCGGGAGCAUCUUCUUUUCGUUCACUGAAAACCCCAACCAAUCGAACAUUACAGCGAAUGCAAGGCCACCGGAAGUAAAAACAAUUGCAACGCAGGACAGGAAGCUAUUCGGAGUGGAAAAUGUGAGUUUGGGUCGAUAUGAUGAUCACUCAAGGUUGAACGAGACCGUGGGACGACUGGAAACGUCUCCAGUGGAUUCUGAGCUCACAAGCCCCCUGUUUCGAAGGAGAUGCCACACGCUGGAUAGCCACCUGUCCUCACGUCAUCAGAGUCCAGUCAUAGACAGGAGCCAGGAGAGAAUGCCUCGUUUUAUGGCCGGGGUCACUGCGAGAACGCCCACUCGACUGUCUCCCCCUUCACCGAUGAACAAGACUUUCACACGGGACAGUCCCGUAGCAGCAUUUAUGGGGUCUGGGAUCACCCCAGACUCUCCUUCUCGUGCCAAACUACCUUUUGAGACCGAGAGAAACAGUGUUAUUUGCACAGCACUGAAAGAAAGGAGAACAGAUGAGAUGCAAUGGCAAGUCCACGCUCUAGAAGACAUGCAGAGGUCUCUGGAGGACGAUUAUGCUUUCAGGAUGUCGUGUCUGAUGGCGGAACAAGAGAGAGAACAGCUGCACCUCAGUCAGGAGUCGGAGGAGCGGGUCAGGAGACUGAGGGGUCAGGGUGGUCUGAGUCCUGUAGCGGGCGAGGACGGGUGUGAAUUAAGGACAGCUGGUGAACGUUACCCUAUACUGAGCCCCAUGUGCCCUUUAAGCCCAGGAGACAGAUCACCAAGACACCCUGUGCCAACCUUUGGUUUCCCUUCAGCCAGUUUAGAUGUGGUAUCGCCUUCGAAACAGACUCCCAUUUUUAUGAGAGGCCUGAAUCACAGCACCGGCAAGAGAAACAGACUGAGCCAGGUUGUAACAGCGGAGCAGCAGAGGGCGCUGUGUCACCUCACGGCCAUCGUGAAGGGCUUCCUGAUCAGACGCCUGCUAAAAACAGAGAAAGUCAAACACCUGAGGCAAACCAUACAAGACACGCAAGAGUUCAUCCGUUCAUUCAGAAGCGAUGCUCCUCAGAGAAACGGCUCUCUGUCAGAGCAGGAUCUCUCUCUGCGCGAGCGCGUUAGAGCUCAGUUACGUGCGGCCUUGUUUGACGUUCAUGAUAUCUUCUUCUCGAUGACUCUAGAGGAGCGUCUGUCUCUGCUGCAGCAAGACAGAGAGCUGCGCACCGAGAGAAAGCUCAGAGAGAUGGAAAAAGCAAAAAGCCCCAAGGACAAGGUGAUUUUGUCGGCUGCUACCCAGAAAUCUCUUGAUAGAAAGAAAAGAGUUGGUGAAUCUCCAGGUCAGACCAGAAGAGCUCAGAAGACCAAGAGUCCUCCUACAAAAAGGAUCCUGCAGCCCAGUCAGGGCCAGAACGCUCCCGUUUCAGGCCAGCAGCUCCUGCGCCGUGGGAGUUACAAGAAGACUCCAGAAGAGAGAGUUCAGCAUUCUGAGAGGCUGAAGAAACAGCAUUCACUGGGUUGACCUCAUAUACACUUAUCAACCGAACAUGAAAAAAUAAUAUUGUGCUAAUCAUACUUCUAAAAAUACUCCUCUGCUAGCCAUCUCAUUGAAUUAUGACUAUUAAAUGUCAAUGCUAUCUAGUUCUUCCCAUUAUUCUACUACAUACCGCUUAUGAAUGUAGAAUUAGUCCAGAUAUUAUUUAGAGUUUCCUAUAGGUAAUUAUAAUCCACAUAGUUACACUAAAUUACCCUUUUAAAAAUGAUUAAAAAUCCUGUAAAGGUGGGAUUAUCUGUUUUCCAAAUAAUGGAAGCCUGCAUUGACACAGAGAAAAGUUAAUGCUGCUUUAAUGUUAAUAAUACAAAUCAAAAUGUCAGUAAUAUUGCCAGAAUGUCAAAUAGUAUUACUGCGGUCAAAUGAUUAAUCACAUCCAAAAUCAAAGUUUUUGUUCACAUAGUAUAUGUGUGUGUACUGUGUAUAUUUAUUAUGUAUAUAUAAAUACACAACCAUGCAUGUAUAUAUUUAAGAAAAAUGUUACAUUGAUAUAUUAAAUAUAUUUAUAUAUAAUAUAAAUAUAUACACGUAAAUACAUGUAUAUAUUUUUAAAAAUAUAUACUGUGUGUAUUUAUAUAUACAUAAUAAACAUACACAGAUAUAUUAUGUAAAUAAAGACUUUUGGAUGCGAUUAAUCGUUUGACAGCACUAAUACGAAUACAUGUCUAUGAAGAGUACAGACAUUUCUCCAGAAAUGAAAUGAUUGUAUUUGAUCAACUAGCACGUUUUUGCUAGAAUUUGUGCUUUUAAUCAUAAUACUUUUAGUACUUAUAACUACAAUCAUAUCAGUUGUAUUUGCUCUUGCCUUGUAUACAGUACUUAAGAAGCACUUGACACAUUUGCGUUAAGAAAUGUGAAAUAAAACAAUGAAAUGUUUAAUAAACAAGUUUAUUGAAUAAAAAUUGUGAAUUCAGUGAAUAAAGACACCAGUAUCAAAUAGAAAGGCACAUCUCGAACAAUUACUUUAAAGAAAAUUUGUUUUCAAAUCCGGAAAACAACCUUAGUGAAUGUUUUUAUGAGCAAUGUGGUCAUAUGAGAUGUUCUUUGUUGUUCAAUACAAAACACAAAGUAUUAACAAAAUAACCAAGCAAAGAAAGUUAUUUUGGGUUGCCUUUGAGUUGAUGGUUAAGAAUGAAUAUUAUUUUAAUUAUAUAUUAUUAUAGUGCUGUCAAACGAGUAAUCGCAAUUAAUCGCAUCCAAAAUAAAAGUUUUUGUUUACAUAAUA